AACUUGACAUUUGACAAGCAAUUUUCAAAACAGAAAGUUCAAUGAAAAUGUCUAGAAAAUAGAUAUCUAAUUGAUGUCUUAAUUCGAAUAAAAUACAAUGAAUAGUUAAUCAAGUAAUUUCCAAAGUACUGUUUUAUUUAAGUUUUAAAUAUAACCAUUAAAAUAAAAUGGCUCAGUCUGCAAUUUUUAAACAUAGUGUCAAAUAUAUUUUUACAAAGAAGUUAACAAAUUUUUCGAAUUGUUUACGUAAUGGACAUGUAUUUAGACAUCUUAGUUCAAAAAGUACAAAAACUAAAACAGCUAGUUCAGUCUACGGGGCCAUGAAGAUUUUUGACAGAAAUGCGAAAAUGCUACAAAAGGAACGCGCGGCGCAAAGAGAAGAUUAUCAUUUGGCGGAAUAUAUAAAAGAAGAGAUCGGCUGGAGGACUGCUGAUAGAGUCUUUGAUGUUAAAAGGACUUUUAAAAAUGCAGUCGAGUUAGGGGCCGGCAGAGGCUAUGUGUCCCGCCACUUUCUUCCUGACAGCGUGGAGAAGGUGACCCUGUGUGACACAUCACAGACUCAUUUGGACAAAGCUAUCAUUGGUGAUGGUGUUAAAUAUGAAAAGGUUAUUAUGGAUGAAGAGAAUUUGGAAUUCCCAGAAGACAGUGUAGACCUGCUGGUAUCAUCGCUGGCACUGCACUGGGUCAACGACCUGCCGGGCUGCUUUGACCGAAUCAUGCGCUGCCUAAAACCCGACGGGGUGUUCCUGGCGAGCGUGUUCGGCGGCGGCACGCUGCUGGAGCUGCGGCAGGCGCUGCAGCUGGCGGAGGCGGAGCGCUGCGGGGGCGUGGCGCCGCACAUCUCGCCCUUCACGCAGCCCCAGGACGUCGGCGGACUGCUCACCGCCGCGGGGUUCACGCUGCAGACGGUGGACGUGGACGCGCUGCGCGUGUGGUUCCCGAGCGCGUGGCACGUGAUGCGCGACGUGCGCGCGCUGGGCGAGGGCAACGCCGCGCUGUCGCGGCCCCCGCACCUGCCGCGCAGCCUGCAGUUCGCCGCCGCCGCCGUCUACGACCUCAUGUACGGCAAGGAUUUCCCGGAGCGCGGCAGCCGCGGGGUGCCGGCCACCUUCCAGAUCAUCAACUGGGUGGGGUGGAAGCCGCACCCCUCGCAGCCCGCGCCGCGCGCCCCCGGCUCCGCGCAGCGCUCCCUGCGCGACCUCGCCGCCACACCCGCCACAUCCGCCACAGCCGCCACAUCCGCCACAGCCACCACACAAUACAACAUCAUGAACGCAUCAAAUAAAUAG